CGCGAAAUCGGAGCGGGGAGGAAAUCUCGCGGGGGAAAUCUUGCGCGCUCGGUUGCAUUGCGGGGUGGCGACGCGAUCCGAGCGAUGGGGGAGGGACGAGGAGGACGAGGAGGCAAGAAAGGGAAAGAAAGCGGUGGCCGGUCAGAGCAGAGCAGAGCACGAGGAGGAGGAGGAGGAGGAGCAGCAGCAGCAGCAGGAGGAGGAGGAGAUCGUGAGUGCGGUGUGCGGAAAGCUCUAGCUUGAUCUGCAGAGAGGAGAGCUCGGGCCGGGGACCUGGGACCUGGGAGUGGGAGCUUUGAUGACUAGUCAUCAUCAGGUGGACAUCACUUCUGCAUGCAUGUUGGAGUCGUAGUGGAGGUGGUGGUGGUGGUGGUGGGGAUGGUGCCGGUACUAGUUCGUCGAGCGAGGAGUAGUGUAGAAUCGAAGCGAACCGAUCCUGUCGCGCGAGCGAUGGAGUAGCAGAUGUUGAGGAGAAGCGGUGACUGGUGCUCAGCAGCCGAGACGGAAAGAUCGUAUCUCGAUGCCGCGCGAGGCGCGGAGCGCAGAGGUUGAGAGUGACCGCCAGCGCCAAGGAGGACUGGAUUGCGAGUCGCGCUUGUAGAUGUGCCAGGGGAGAUUUGGAUUUCAUCUCGCGGAUUAAAGAGGCGGAGCGACAGGGAGGCAAUUUGACUCGAAAGAAUUGGACGAGAUCGGCGUGCCGGUGUUGGUGAUCGAGACGAGUCUGUAAGGUGCUCAGUGGCGAGAGCGCACAGGGCUGUGAACAAAGCGAUGUGAGAGCGACGCAGUGGAGUCUGAGGCUUAGAAUGGGGUGUGUCGGAUCUUCGGAGAAGGGCGUCGAUGGGUUGUUUACCUUCCACGAAACCUUUCGAACACAAAUACAUUCAUGGCACCAAAAGAAGAUCAAGAAGCCAAAGGUGUGGAAGCAUCCAGAAUCCCUCACUAGGGCACAACUGAAGCAGAUGCGAGACGAAUUUUGGGAUACCGCGCCACACUACGGUGGCCAGAAAGAAAUCUGGGAUGCACUUCGUGCUGCAGCUGAAGCCGAAAUAAGUCUAGCACAACUCAUUGUUGACAGUGCUGGGGUCAUUGUCACUUCAGAGGACUUAUCUACAUGCUAUGAUGAACGAGGUGCCAAGUAUGACCUACCAAAAUACGUGCUGAGUGAACCGACAAAUUUGAAGGAUGAUUAGCAGGAGAAGUCUGCAAUUAUAUAUGGCUGGUCCUUUGCCAUUUUACGUGCAGUAGACUGGUGACCUUCUACAGGAGUUAUCUUGUUCCAUCCUGCACCCACAUGCUUCAAUUUGCGGAGCGUUCAGCAAUCGACCUGUCAGAACUUUAAUGUGGUUUCACGGUCGGCUUUGUUCGAGUAACGAUGUACUCGAUAAACGAGUAUUGCACGGUGGGUUAGUUUGCUGAUCAAACACAAGGACCGUCGUUGAUGAAUCAAACAUCAUCAAAGUGUAUUUCAGGGAGAGGACAGAGAAGUGGUCCCUUAUCCGCCACGGUGGGGUAUAGACUCCAUCGUUUGAGAUUAUCCUUGACUAAGGAAUUUCUGGCGGUCAAAUCGUUCAGGGAGUAACCACAUGAAUGCAAUUUUCUUGUAAAGAUAGGAAACCAAGGCAAACAUCCAGCUCAGCUACAUUCGAGCGAUCCUAUGCUCUUGUAAUCUCCUGUGGAAGGUUGAGAAGGCUGUCGGAGUACAGAAUGCUGGUUGUUUUACACUCAGAUUUUUCAUGUUUUUCAACGUUAAUCUCCUCAUCUUAUGACUCGCGGCAAUCGACCUGGUCAGGAAUUAUCGUUUAUACGAACAUAUUGUUCAUAAAGACUAAUUCUGAAUCCUUUUUGUAGAUACUUGUUUUUUAAAAGCUUCUAUACAACUCUCGGU